AUAACGGUUUUUCCUCUCUGUUCCUGACUCGCGCCUCCCAGCUCUGCCUCAGGGAAGAGGGUGACCAGGUCGACCAUUUCCCCUCAGCCCGGUCUGCCCAGACUUGCGGCAUGAGCUCCCCCGGAAAAAAACCGAGUGUUGGUCACCGCACGGGCACGGGUUCCAAGAGGAAGGGCCAGGCCGGCUCUGACGGCCCUGGAGCCCGCUGGGAGCGGGAGCUAGCGUUGGAUUCCGGGCUGUUAGGAUUCGGUGAGGGUAAAGGCCAGGGCCAAGACCAGGCGAGGAGCGGCAGGGAGGCGAGGCGCUCAGCCCCGCAGGCCCUCCAGUGGCCACUGAAGUCGGAAUUCGGGCCAGAGCCAGAGCCGGCCAUGAUGCAGGCAGGGGCGACGGGCUUUAACGCCUGUGAAGGUUGGCCUAGUAUUGCUGUCCCUGAGAGGGAGGGCCCUUUGGGGUCGCUGUCCGUUUUUCUUGAGGCGCAUGCGGCCCUAGUGCAGCCACAGAGUCGCCGGGGUUACAGAGCUAUUCGCAGAUCCCCGAGCCCAAGAAGCCGUGCUGCGGCAGAGCCCGCCAUUUGGCUGCCUGAUGAGCCGGGCCCCAGCUGCAGAGGUGCGAUGGGCGGGGGUUAUGAGAGGUUGCUGGAGGCUUCUGCGGUCCCGUGGCUCGAGAGUCUCCCCAGGGAAGGAGGCCUCAGCUACAGAAGUGCAAGGCCUCAGGUGAGCAGCAGAACCGAUGUCCUGCGAGCCUGUGGGGGAGGCCUCAUGGGGCUGCCUUCUGACCCCGACCCCUACGAUGAGCUCAGGGGCACGCAGACAGGGAGGGCAAGCACCAAUCGGAAACGAGGUAGGCAGGCCAAGGGCAGCGACCUUGCGCAGCCCACAGAAAGCCCUACUUACUCUGUUUCCCCGGGCAGUGAGGAUUGCCCUCAUGUUUCAAGCCCUCUCUCGACCUCUGCCCUUUGGGGUCGCGAUAGUGCCAUUGAGGGGCAGGUCCUGGGAGAGUCAGGGCCCUCUUCCCUGAAGAAACUUAAGGUUUGGCUCUCUGGGAAGGUUAGGGGCAAGCCUAGUACCCUCAGGGGUGCUGGUGGUGCAGGUGGUACAGAAGUCCUUCCUCAGGCGGUUCCUAGGACACAGUUAUCCCUAGGGAAGGAAUGUCUAGAGAGUGCCCCUGAAGCUGUCUUGGGGACAGCCCUUGCACCUCAGAAGCAGAGACAAGCUCUCAUGGAUCCAGCCACCACCCCUCCUGUGACUGGGAUUUCACUGCUUGGGAAGCCUGGCACAUCCUCCUGGCUUCCUCGGGAACCCAAACAGUCCAAGCAGGGCUCCCCUCAGAAGAAACCUGGGGCCACGAGGCAGACCCAGCCUGUGACUAGAGGAGCCUUGGACUCAAACAGAGAUGCAGACCCUAGGGUCGAACUUCCAGCUCACAGGUACGUUCAUCAUGGAGGAUUCAGCAGUGGGGACUGUGACAUCCAAGACCCACAAGUUGCAGCAAACUUCCAGCCUUUGGCCUCAAGCCAAGGAAGUGUCACAGCCAGAGGCCCGGUGAUCUCUGGUGACCAGGAACCAUGUGUUCAUCGACAGAUACCAGAACUGCCAGAAUUGACACCUGAAUCAGAGGGCUGUCUUCGGUGUGUUGUGCUGUGAGACGAGGUGGAAGACCUUAGAGAUGAAGUAGUAGUGAUCCAGUACUUACACAAACAGUUCCAGAAUGUAUGAUGU